AUGGCUAAGCCCCAAGACAACCCAGUUAAAAAUCAGGCAAAGGACCUGGAUAGCGCGUCUCAAGCCGAGGACCCGGGAGAGGGGGCCGUGGAGGAGGAGGAAGAGCCCCUUCCGUCGGUGCCCGAGGAAGAGGAGGAGGAAGAGGAGGAGGAGGCGGCGGCGGCGGAGGCGCAGCCAUUGCCGCCAGUCUGCGUGUCCCCCAUGCGGGGCAUGUGGCGGGAGGAGAAGGUGGCGCUCUUCUGCGACCAGGUGCUGCGGGGUUGUAAGGCAGAAGAUGCUGAUGAGGCUAUGAGUAACUACCUAUCAGAAAAAUUAAAGUUGAAAGACAAAUGGCUUGGAGUCUGGAAGACUAACCCUGAGUUAUUCUUUCUGAAAUAUGAAGAAGCUUCUAUCCCUUUUGUUGGUAUACUAGUUGAGGCAACUUGUACACCACACCAGAGCUCAUCAUCUUGUUUCAGAGUGACUGUUUCUGUUGCUGAGCCUUUUUCUUCUAAUAUUGCAAAUAUUCCAAGGAAUUUGGUUAAUGAGGUUUUAGAAGAACUAGAGCAUAGUGUGCCUCUCUUGGAAGUGUACCCUGUUGAAGGACAAGAUUCUGAUAUACAUGAUAUUGCUUUGGCCUUGGAAGUUGUAAGGUUUUUUUAUGACUUUCUCUGGAGAGACUGGGAUGAUGAAGAACGUUGUGACAAUUAUACUGCUUUGAUUGAAGAAAGAAUUAAUUUGUGGUGUGAUAUACAAGAUGGAACAAUACCUGGUCCUAUCGCACAACGUUUCAAAAAAACUUUGGAGAAAUAUAAAAACAAGCGUGUCGAGCUCAUUGAGUAUCAGAACAAUAUUAAAGAGGAUCCCUCUGCAGCAGAGGCUGUUGAAUGCUGGAAAAAAUACUACGAGAUAGUAAUGCUCUGUGAAUUAUUGAAAAUGUGGGAAGAUUUACGCCUCCGAGUCCAUGGUCCUUUUUUUCCAAGAAUUCUGAGGCGUAGGAAAGGAAAAAGAGAUUUUGGAAAAACUAUAACACAUAUUGUAGCAAAAGUGAUGACUACUGACAUGGUAAAGGACUUAUCUUCAGACACAUUUCUCCAACAGCAUGAUGAUUUGGAUUUGGCUUUGGAUAGUUGUUAUAGUGGAGAUACAGUAGUUAUUUUCCCAGGAGAAUAUCAAGCUGUCAAUCUUGCUUUAUUGACUGAUGACAUCAUUAUAAAGGGAGUUGGAAAGAGAGAGGAAAUUAUGAUUACUUCUGAACCUUCCCAUGACAGUUUUGUGGUGUCCAAAGCUGCUAAUGUGAAACUAAUGCACCUGUCUUUGAUACAACAAGGGACAGUGGAUGGCAUUGUGGUGGUGGAGGCUGGUCACAUGACUCUGGAGAACUGUGUAUUAAAAUGUGAAGGAACAGGAGUGUGUGUUCUUACAGGGGCUUCUUUGACAAUUAAGGACAGUGAAAUAAUCGGUGCCCAGGGUGCUGGUGUUGAACUGUAUCCUGGCAGCACAGCCACUUUAGAAAGGAAUGAAAUUCAUCACUGUAAUAACUUCAGAACCAAUGACAGUUCAAAAAGCAUCUUAGGUGGUGUUAAUAUGAAGGUUCUUCCUGCACCCAAAUUGAAGAUGACUAAUAAUCAUAUUUACAACAAUGGCUAUGGAAUAAGCAUUCUUCCACCAACUGAACAGUUUUUUAUUGUAGCAGAAACUUGCAACAAAGGGGCUGCUUCAGGAGACAAAAAAGAUGAAAAUAGGCUCUCCAAAGUAAUGCAAAAUAUGAAUCUGGAAAUAAAUGAUAAUAAAAUGGAAGCAAACUUAAAGGGGGAUAUCAGAAUAGCCACAAAUUAAAGCACUGGGUUUAUGUUCAAGUUUUAUAUUUCAGAGAGUUUAAUAAAUCUCAUCUCCCACAGAAAUGGUAGUUCUAAUUAAAUUCAACUUAUUUAAUUAAAAACAUUUAAACAUGUUAA